AUGUUCUCGUCGUUUCAAGUCGGAGCACCGAGGGAGAAACUGCUUACUUCUGCUACCACGUUGGUUGCCACAAGCGGAGAGUUGACGAGAACGGGGGACAACCUCGCCAGUCUACCGUCACCCGUCAGUGGACCGUUUUUUGGUGAAAUAAUUGUUGCAAAAACUAUUGUCGCCGUCCUCGGAUCUUCGGAAUGCUGGUCCCGCCGGCGCGGCUCGUCGGGAGAUUGGUGCGACAUGGAACAAGCCUGCUUCGGAGGACAACGGAUAAUCACAGUAUGCACGGCAGCAGCCAGCAAUGCUGCUGGUCAUAGCAAGAAGCAGAUGCGGCAUCGUCUACAUGCUAACGAGCACGCAUUUUCAGUCGAGGAAGGCAGGAGGGGGGAAAUAGUACUCCAAGCACAAACCAGAUGUGGGAACGAGCGAGUUUGUGGAGCAGACGCGGACCCCGGUAACGAUCUAUUCAAUAUUUAA